UUUGAGUGCGAUUUUUUUUUUUAUCAGAAACUAUGAACCGACCCAGUCUUCGACGGUUGUUUUCCGCUUGCGAUGUAAACAAGUCCGGGAGGAUCGAGUAUGAGGACUUCACAGUGGUCUGCAAUGAGCUCAGCGUCCCGAACACUGAGGUCCAAACUCUGUUCGAUAAGUUCGGAGCUUGUGAGGACGGCUACAUCGACUACAGCCGCUUUUCCUCCAGGUUUCAGGAGGUUUCAGAGACUCUCAACUUGGCGUCAUUUGGCGCUGGAGCAGCUCCGACUCCGUGGGAAGAGUUUGUGGACAGGCUGGAUGAGGAGUUUGUCCUCUCUGGAAGUCUCAGGGAACAGCUGGCUGACCUUUACCAGGCCAUUCACUCCUCUGCAAACACAACUCUUCUGCAGGCAUAUGAGGAAACCAUCCACUCCCUUGUCAGUCUAAGCUUGGAAAACAAACUAGUGAGUGAACAGUUUGAGACCAGUUUGAAGAGAGCCGAAGAGUUAAAUACCAGUCGGCUGGCAGAGCUGGAGGACGAUAUUCAGCAACAGUUAGCCAGAGCAGAGGAGCGGGCCAGAGACAAAGUGAGUGCUGAGCGAAAGAAAAUGGAAGGAAUCAUAGCAACCAUGCAGAGGAAACACAACGAUGAGAUUGCAGAUCUGCAGGCCACAGCUGAUCAACUGUUAAUGAACCAGGAGAGCUCUGAACUAAACCACGCAAAAGAUGAGGUGAUCAAACUGAACAAACAGAUCGGUGAUCUCUUACAGGAAAAUGAGCAGUUGCGAAGUUCUCUGGUGCAAAACCAGUCAAACAUGGCUGUACUCCACUCUGAACUGGACAAGCUGAAGAACAUGUUUGGAGAGCAGAAAGCCCAGCAUGAAAGAGAAACAGAAGUAUUAAAAAAGAUGAUGACAGAACAUCAGUCGUACUCUGAUCACAUUCAGAUCCUCCAGGAAAUGAACAAGAAGCUUUAUGACAGUAAUGAUGGACUGCGCUCAGCUUUAGCCACUCAAAUGGUUGCAGCUAAAAGGAGGUUGUCUCCUCAAGACGAAAUCCCGGCCAGGAGAAUGAAACCUAUUCGACAGAGCACACUCAAUUAUGGCAGAUCCGAGCAGAAUCCCAGCAUCUUCCAUGUGUCCACCUGGGCUGACCAGUACCUGGACAGCGGCUUGCCAAUGGACACGGUUGAGAGCUCAGCCAGUGACUAUGACACUGACGACAGCAUGAGUUCUGUGGAAACCGUGCACCACAGUUACUCGUCCGUCCCGUCAGACGUUGAGAUAUCAGAGGUUAGGUCUGAGGCUGCAGUCUCUGUAGCUCCCAGCCAAACCAGCUCCACCGCUUCAUCCCUACGAAAACGCUUAUCUGCUUUUCCCAUCAAGGAUUUAGAGGACAACAUGACAGUGACAGAAGGACCUUUGCCAGUGUACCGUGUUGUUUUAGCAGGAGAUGCAGGAGCUGGAAAGUCCAGUUUUCUGUUGCGGUUGACACUCAAUGAAUUUAGAGCAGACAUUCAGACAACGUUGGGUAUCGAUUUCCAGAUGAAGAAGAUGCAGGUGGACGGAGAGACAAUGAGUCUGCAGAUUUGGGACACAGCCGGUCAGGAAAGGUUCCGUAGCAUCGCCAAGACCUUUUUCCGUAAAGCUCAUGGAGUCCUGCUGCUUUAUGAUGUUACCUCAGAAAAGAGCUUUCUGAACGUCAGAGAGUGGAUAGAUCAAAUUCAGGAGUCUGCAGAUGAAAAAAUUCCCUUUUGUGUUGUGGGAAACAAGGUGGACCUCCGGGAGCAACUUCCUGAAGGAAGCUGCGUUUGCAGCUCACAUGGAGAAAAGCUGGCCAAGGCAUACGGCGCCAUGUUCUGUGAAACGAGUGCCAAAGAAGGAACUAACAUUGUUGAAGCUGUGCUUCAUCUGGCACGAGAAAUAAAGAAAAAUGGCAAAUUGAAGUGGGAGUCAGAAUCUCAGAUCAUAUUGAAUGAAGCUCUCUCGAAGAAAGUUGUUAAAGGUUGCUGUAAACUGUAAACAUGAGGACAGAACAAUGAAGAUUAUCAUGCUGCUUGUAUCUCAAAAAAGGAACAACAUGAAGCUUGUUUACAUUUGUUUUUACU